UUUAACCUCUCUCUCAACCUUCACUCUUUUCCUACCUACCCCUCUCUAUCUCUAUCUUGUAUUUAUUAAUUCCACUUCCCAUUCUCUCCCUCUAGAUUCUCUCUCUCUCUCUCUCUCUCUCUCUCUAUAGCUGUGUAAUAAUACCUUCCUUCUCCACCAUCCACUUCCAUGUACAUCUUGUGAUACACAGCAGAUCAAAACUAAGUCCUUAAUUAACAACAAUGAUAUCUGUUGCAGCUUCUCUUGAUCAAUCCCAAAAGCCCAAUUCAGAGCUCUCUCCUACCAAUAAUAUUGUCUCUGAUCAUCAUGAAUCAUCUCAUCAUAUUUUCAGAUCAAAACUACCGAAAAUACCCAUCUCCAAUCACCUCCCUCUCCACACUUACUGUUUUGAGCAUCUCUCUCAAUUCUCUGACAGGACAUGUCUCAUACCUGGCUCCUCCAAUGCCAAGACCUACUCUUUCGCCGAAACCCAUCUCCUGUCCCGGAAAGUCGCCGCCGGUUUGGCCAGUCUCGGCAUCAGAAAGGGCGAUGUGAUCAUGCUUCUCCUCCAAAACUGUGCCGAGUUCGUCUUCGCCUUCAUGGGUGCUUCCAUGAUCGGUGCAGUCACCACCACUGUCAACCCUUUCUACACCACAUCCGAAAUUUUCAAGCAAUUCAGUGCCUCCAACGCCAAACUCGUCAUAACCCAAUCACAAUACGUUGAUAAGCUUCGCGCCAAUACUUCGGCCACCGCCGAAGAGAAUUAUCCGAAGCUGGGGGAAGAUUUCAAGGUGAUCACCGUCGAUGAACCCCCGGAGAACUGCCUUCAUUUCUCGGUCCUUUCUGAGGCCAACGAAGGCGAUGUCCCAACGGUUUCGAUCAAGCCAGACGAUCCCGUAGCCCUGCCAUUUUCAUCUGGGACUACAGGGUUGCCAAAGGGUGUGAUCUUGACUCACAAGAGCUUGAUAACAAGUGUGGCUCAACAGGUUGAUGGAGAAAACCCUAACUUGUACUUGAAGUCAGAGGAUGUGGUUUUGUGCGUCCUCCCACUGUUUCAUAUCUAUUCAUUGAAUUCCGUGCUGUUGUGCUCGCUAAGAGCCGGUGCUGGGGUGUUGCUGAUGAGGAAGUUUGAGAUUGGGGCAUUGUUGGAGCUGAUUCAGAGACACCGGGUGUCGGUGGCCGCUGUUGUGCCGCCGCUGGUUCUGGCAUUGGCGAAGAAUCCGGUGGUGGCAAGCUUCGACCUGAGCUCAAUUCGAAUGGUGUUGUCCGGGGCCGCCCCGCUAGGAAAGGAGCUGGAGGAGGCUCUCCGAAGAAGAGUCCCUCAGGCCACUUUUGGUCAGGGUUACGGGAUGACGGAGGCGGGACCGGUGUUAUCAAUGUCCCUAGCAUUUGCGAAGCAGCCGUUCUUGACAAAGUCCGGCUCAUGUGGCACCGUGGUCAGGAAUGCUGAGCUCAAGGUCAUCGACCCUGAAACAAGUUGUCUCCUUGACUACAACCAACCGGGCGAGAUUUGCAUCCGUGGACCGCAAAUUAUGAAAGGGUACUUGAAUGAUGAUGAGGCAACGGCUAGAACAAUUGAUGUAGAUGGUUGGCUCCACACCGGUGACAUUGGCUAUGUAGAUGACAAUGAAGAGGUUUUUAUUGUUGACAGAGUGAAGGAACUCAUCAAAUUCAAAGGCUUCCAGGUGCCACCAGCUGAACUCGAGUCCCUUCUUAUAAGCCACCCAUCCAUUGCAGAUGCAGCUGUUGUCCCGCAAAAAGAUGAUGCUGCUGGAGAACUUCCUGUUGCAUUUGUGGUUAGGUCUAAUGGGUUUGAACUGACAGAAGAGGCUGUUAAAGAAUUCAUAGCAAAACAGGUGGUGUUUUACAAGAAGCUGCACAAGGUAUACUUCGUUCAUGCCAUUCCAAAGUCUCCUUCUGGGAAGAUCUUGAGAAAAGAUCUCAGAGCCAAGUUAGCCACAGCCUCCACAAUGCCACCAAACUCUUGAUUAUUUACCUUUUCUACGUGAAAGCAUUCAAAAAACCCCUAUUUGUUGGACUUUAUGGCAUAGGAUACCCCACCAAAAAAUAAAUGUAGCAUAAAACCUCUAUUGGAAGUUUGGUAAGCCAUGGUAAUGUGUGUAAACCUACUUUUAUGUUUUUUCUUUUUUCAUUGUUGGAUAAAUGUAAUGUUUAUGUCUGUUUAGUCAAAAUUUAUUGUAAUAAAAGAUGUCAAUUCUUUUA